AUGACGGAAAAUGAUAUUUUAAACGUAAAUAAUGAUGAACUUGAACCAGAACAAAAACGUAAAAUUUUUAUUGGAAGUUUAUCAUAUCGUAUUGAUGAUAAUACAUUUCGUGAUUAUUGGACACAAUUUGGUACAGUUUUAAAUACAACAAUUUUACGUGAUCGAGAAGGUCAUUCACGUGGUUUUGGUUUUGUUACAUUUGAUAAUUCAGCAGGUGUUGAUGCUGUUAUGAAAGCAAGACCACAUACACUUGAUAAUCGUGUUGUAGAACCAAAACGAGCGGUACCACGUGAAGCAUCACACAAACCAGAUAUGCAAUUAGCAGUAAAAAAACUUUAUUUAGGUGGCGUUAAAGAACCAUUAACAGAAAGUGAUCUUAAAGAUUAUUUUUCUAAAUAUGGAACAAUUAUAAAUGUAACUAUUACGAAAGAUCGAGAUGGUCAAUAUCGUGGUUUCGGUUUUAUUGAAUUUGACGAUUAUGAUCCUGUCGAUAAAAUAAUUCUUGAAAAAAAUCAUAUUAUAUGUGGUCAUCAAAUAGACGCUCAAAAAGCUCAAUCAAAAGAUAAUUCACAACGUUCUAGUGGUAAUAUACGAUCUCGACAAGGUCCAUCAGGCAUGUCAACAUCUAAUUAUAAUGGUAGUGGUUAUAAUAAUUAUCAACAAAAUACAUAUAAUGAUUCAUAUGGACAAAUGCCUAAUAAUAAUAAUUACAAUGAAUAUAAUCCAAAUUUUAAUGAAGGAAAUAAUAAUAGACCUGCAUUUGGUCAAGGAUAUAAUCAAGAAAAUGUUCGUGGAGCCAUGCGACGAGGAAAUAUGAGAGGUGACGGUCAUAAUUAUGCACCAUAUAAUGGUCGUGGUCGUGUUGCACGAGGUGGACGUGGUGGUGAUAACAAUCAAGGUCCAUCAUGGAGUUCAUGGGAUUGA